AUGUGCCGGUUCUUGGUCUACCGGGGAAGUGACGAGAUCCUUCUCUCAAAGCUCAUCCUUGACCCGACUCACUCCAUCUUGAAGCAAUCGUUCGAUUCCAGGCUCAGAUUGGACACCCGACGAGGCCAGAACAACGCCGAUGGCUUCGGAAUCGGCUUCUAUACCGAUCCCAAGUUGGGCCACGCUCCUUGCCUCUUUACAUCGACAAUUCCCGCGUGGAACUGCACCAACCUCCAGCGAAUCGCCUCCAAGACUGCCUCACAACUCAUUUUCGCCCAUGUCCGAGCCACGACCGAGGGAUCGCUGAGCGAAGACAACUGCCAUCCGUUUUGCCACGGCAGUUUGAUGUGGAUGCACAAUGGAGGUCUGGGAGGUUGGAAAUACAUCAAGAGGAGGCUAGGAGAAAGGUUGGCCGACAAGUGGUACCUGGGAGUUCAGGGUGGAACAGACAGUGAAUGGGCGUUUGCCCUGUUCCUCGACACCCUUCAAAGGAUGGGUUUUGACCCCAGCUCACAGCCCGCCAACGGAUUUGGUCCUACGGUGCUGAGAAAGGCUAUGCUUAAGACUAUUGCCACCAUCAACGAGCUGAUUGACGGUAUCCCGGAGAGCACGAUCCAGUCGGAGAACGUUGAUACCCGAAGCUUGCUCAACUUCGCCGUUACGGACGGGAAAAGUGUUAUCUGCACACGGUACAUCAGCAGUGCUACGGAUGAAGCGGCAAGCCUGUACUACUCAUCUGGAACUGAGUGGGGAACGAGGACAUCGGCUGCCAGCGACCGAAACUACCAAAUGGAACGUCAAGAUAAAGGCGCUGAUAUUGUUCUGGUUGCGAGCGAACCGCUGACUUUUGAAAGAGAAAAUUGGGUGAAUGUCCCCACGAACUCGAUUCUGACAAUCCACAACCAAACUGUUAUGGUUCAUCCGAUCAUUGAUAAGUACUUCGAUCGAAGCCCGUACCACGCCAGAUCCAGCGCCUUCGUUCAGACGAAGGGGCUGAUGGCGAAUGAGAAAAUUUCAUCGCUGCUUAGUCCGGCGGCAACGCCGCUGCCUAGCCCUGAGACUACGAAAAAGAACCUUGGCCCAACCAUUCCUUUCGGCGUCUCUCGCACACACACACCGGAGCCUGGUUUCACUGGCAAAUCACGGCCGCCCAGCCAGCUUCACGAGGUGUCUACGCCAGCAGACUCGAGAUCAAUCAAGACUACCUCGAGCGCGCAAAUCAACACACCACGGCCUCCGGUGCAGGGCAAUAUCAAGGUGAAACGGACUGCGCCAGAGCAGGUUUCCCCUAAUGUCGACAGUGACACUGAGUCACUGCUUCCCGAUGACCAAACUCAGAACAGAACAGAAUUUGGACAUCCCAAUAAGCUGUCAAGAUACUUUCCUGAGUUAACAAUGUCCUAG